AUGCGUAUACAUACUGGAUUAAAACCAUUCCAGUGCACACAAUGCAAGGAGUGUUUUAUUUGGUCUAGCCAUCUAAAACAGCACAUGUUUACACAUACUGGUAUUCUAAAAAAUCAUAUUCUUACACAUACUGGGUUGAAGCCAUUUCAGUGCAAACAAUGUGAGAAAUGCUUCACUCAGUCUGGUAGUCUAAAAAAUCAUAUGCUUACACAUACUGGGUUGAAACCAUUUCAGUGCAAACAAUGCGAGAAAUGCUUCACUCGGUCUGGUUGUCUAAAAAAUCAUAUUCUUACACAUACUGGGUUGAAGCCAUUCCAGUGCACACAAUGCGAGAAGUGUUUUACUUGGUCUAGCCAUCUAAAACAGCAUAUGCGCACACAUACUGGGUUGAAGCCAUUCCAGUGCACACAAUGCGAGAAAUGCUUUACUACGUCUAGCCAUCUAGAACAGCACAUGCUUACACAUACGGGGUGGAAGCAAUUUCAGUGCAAACAAUGUGAGAAAUGCUUCACUCAGUCUAGUAUUCUAAAAAGUCAUAUGAUUACACAUACUGGGUUGACGCCAUUCCAGUGCACACGAUGCGAGAAAUGCUUUACUACGUCUAGCCAUCUAGAACAGCACAUGCUUACACAUACAGGGUUGAGGCCAUUUCAAUGCAAACAAUGUUACAAGGGUUUUACAUAUUCAAGCGUUCGAGAAGAACACAUGUGCACGCAAAUUGUUCAUUCCAUAAAGAACGCUGAUAAAUUGGGAAAUGAAUUAUUGGUUGUGUUAGAAUGUUUGAAAACUGGACAGAAGUAUAACACAAGUGACGAUAGUAAAGUUAGUCAUGGAACAGACUCAUUCAGAAUGUGCUUUCUUUCCAUAAUAGAAAGGACAUUAAAAAAACACGAGAUUAAGUUGAGCUAUAAAAUAGAUAAUGUAGACCAAAAACUUGCAAGACGUGGGGGCACAGAAACCUUCAGACAUGUGUUACUUUUCUAACUCAUUGUCAUGUAUGAAAAAUGUGACCUUCACAUCACGUUAUCAGAUUAUCGUACAAUGAUAUAGAUGUAUUAUCUCAAUAAACACAUGUAUUGUUUUGCUUUAAUUAUCUUAACUAAUUUACUUGUAUAGACAGGAUGAGGACAUUCUCAUCGGGUCACCAGCCAAUUGUGAUAUGUAAUAUUAUUAUCAUUUUUUAGUUAUAAAUUAUGUGCACAUUACUACUUUAUAGUAUUUUUUAAUUAAAUUUGA